GCCCGGCAACCCUGUCAUUUACAGCUAACCGGCGUUACCAGAAGUUCCAGGAAUCAAAUGGAAAUUUGCAAUAAACAAUUGCCUAUUGUGAUAUAUUCAUGAGAAAUGACCAAGCGCAAGCACGGUCACGAACCCGGUGUAACCGGAGAGAACACGAAACCGGCAGAUCCUAGUGAAACAGCCGCUAUGGAGCCCAAGGAGCCGCCGGGAGCGGAAACGGAAACCGAGACGGAGGUAGAGCCUGAAGCGGAAACCUCUUCACCGGCAAAGCCAAAUGGAGGGCGCAAAAGAAAGCGAUAUCUCUACAACGCCAUAAGGGGACAAAUGGAGUUCUAUUUUGGGGAUGCUAACUUAAGUAAAGAUCGUUUCCUGCGACGCUAUGUCGACCAGGAUCCGUAUGUGCCCCUGGAGAUUUUCCUGUCUUUCAACAAGAUCAAGACGCUCACCCUUGAUGUUGGGCAGAUUGCCAAGUCGUUGGGUAACUCCCAGCUCCUGGAGCUGGACGAAAGCGGGCUAAAGGUGAAGAGGAAGACCAAGCUACCGGUGCAGAGGGAGGUUAACGACAAGACCUUGUACGUUGAGGCACUUCCAGCGAAUGCCAACCACGAUUGGCUUAAGGAGGUCUUUAGUCGCUAUGGACCAGUGGCGUACGUCUCGCUGCCCCAUUAUCCUGGCACGAAGAAAAUCAAGGAGUUCGCUUUUAUAGAAUUCGAAAAGAGCAGCUCUGUGGAGAAGGCCGUUAAGGCUUUUACGCAAAUUCAAGGAGUCUUGGCCGUGGACACAGAUCCUAGUGAGCUCGCCAGCAUCAAGUCCUUCCAACAACAGCAGCAGCCAGCGCUUCCACAGGAGCAGCAGCCGCAGAAGGAAGAGAUUUCAGCAGAGGACCCACCCAAGCGAAACCUUAAAAGGGAGGCAACCGAUAAAAACAAAGAAGAACUGCUAGACGUAAAGCGUGCAAAGUUGGAGGCUGUUGAACAGCCCGAAGAAACCUCGACAGCAGAAGAAACGGAUGCCAGCGAAACGGACGCUGAAGCCACUGCCGAAGCCUCCGAAGGGGAGCGCAAGGAGGACACUAAAGACGGCGAGGACACUUCCAAGAAGCGUCGCCGUAAGCGCAAGAAAAAGGCAGUGGUAGACAAGCCAAACAUAGAUCCCAGUGCCCUGGAGCUGAAAGUUCUACCCAAAACCAGUUGGAGCAGCCUGCGCAACAAAUACUUGAACCUGCAGCGUCGCCUGGUUAGCGAGGCCAAGAGCAAGCUGUGGCGCGAGCAACAUCCUUACCAGCAUCACCAGCAGCAGCAUCAGCACCCAAUCACCCACCACGCCAAUCCCCCCCAGCCGGAGGUUACCAAAGAGGAGGAUACCAGCAGCGACGUCUUAAGUGAUGGUGGAGGAGGGGAACCUGUUGGUGAAGCGGGACCCAUCCCGACUAAGCGACGCAAGGCGGUGCACAAGAUGAACAUGAACUUCUAUGGUGCCGGCGGCGGAGAUACCACGAAGUCUGAGGAACCCUCGCAGGAGCGAACGCCCUUGUUCAAAUACGAACCUGGCCUGAUAGUGGAGUGUGCUCUCUUGGAACCAUGUACUAGUGUCAAGGAAUUUAAAGCUGAUAUGCGGCAAUACCCGGAGAUCAAGUAUGUGGACAUCAAAGAGGGCGACCAGGUGGCUCAGCUGCGGCUGUCCACGCCCCAGGGCGCGGAGGAGCUCGUCCGCCAGUUGAAUUGUGCUGAGCGCCAGCUAACGAUCCUGCGGGGCCAGGCGGAGGCACUCUACUGGCGCAAGAUCGAGCAGGACCGCGAGGCGAAGCUCUCUAAGAAAGUGCGCGUUCAACAAAAGCGAGGUAGAGAGAAGGUGUCGAAGAUGCUGGGAAAACACAUUAAGUUCGACGAUGGCGAUGAUGGGGAUGUCCCAGUGGCAUCCAUAGAAUAAUAGUUAUAAUUCCCAGAGCUAGGAAACUUUUUAAAAGAAAAAGCUAAGAUUAUUAUGCAGAAAUUGUAUACAAAUUUCAUAUGAAUUUUUAAACAUCAAACAAUAUCUUUAUAUUUUAAAAAAAUAGGUAUCAUUUUAAAAUUUUUACAGAAAUUAAACGCCAGUAAUUUCAUUAACUAGAAAGAGAGGCAGAUAUAUUAAAAUUAUACUUUUCUGCGAUUGCCCGUCAGAUGAUCUAUCCUUUUAUUGUUUUGGCUUUGAUUCAUAAACUUUAAUAAAUAUUUUUUGAUGAUUA